GAUAUGGGAGGAAUAGUUGACAGCGCACCUCGGAGCCUUUAUGCAACACAGCUACAAUGUAAUGGACUUUUAAUUUCAAAACUCAUUUAAAAGAGUUGACAAGCCGGUGCAGCAACAACAUAUUACAUUAAACUAACCGCUGACCAUUGAUGGUGUCAUUUGAUAAACAUUGUUUCUGUCAAGCUUAACGUUACGGACAUCAACAAUCUUGCGCGAUCCUAGUAGCUGUAAAGCUAGCUAUCUAACGUUAGUCAGUUAACGUUAGCUUCUCCCCGGCUAUUUUUAGUGCAAUUAAGCAGCUAUUUCCAGACCAAGGCGUCACCCUCUUACGACCUGUAAAGUCAUUAUUGUCUCCCAUGGUCUCGUUAAGUUAGCUAAUCAUUUGUACAAAAUGUCAACGACAUCGUUGGAUAAGGAAUUGCAAGAGCGCUUGAGAGAGGCGUCUGCGAUUGGAGACAUCGACGAGGUGCGGAUUUUAGUGGAAAGCGGAGUAAAUGUCAACUCUCAAAACGAAAUAAACGGAUGGACAUGUUUGCAUUGGGCAUGCAAGAGAAAUCACAAACCGGUUGUGUCGUACCUGCUGAACUCUGGCGCUGACCAAGAGAUCCUCACUGCUAAAGAUGAGCUGGCUGUCCAGCUGACCUCUAAGCCUGAAAUCAGAAGACUGUUAGGAGUUGAGGAGGAGGAAGUGCCUGAAAUCAAGGAGCCUGAGUUGCCAAUCAUCCCAAACUACCUGUCCAACCCGCCAUUCAUGUACAGUAAGAUGGACAACAAGGCUGAGCUCAUAUUGGCACAGUUGACCCAAAAUGGCAAUGGAGACCACUCAUCAGAUGACCCACACAGUGACUCAGCUUCCCUGUCGCCCACCCAUGAGCAACAGCUGCCUCAGCAACCGCAGAGCCUACUCUCUGACACCCCGAGCCCGAGGGAGGGGGCCUUCAUCCCAUUGGCGCAGCAGAACGGAGUGUCGCCGAGCCCCGCCUCGUCUCUCACCGUCAACGGAGGCCUGCCUAUGGACAUCUCCAUGGAGCCCCACCUGGUCAACCAUGGGGAGUACCCACACUCGGUGGCCCAUAAUGGGGCUGUGUGCUCUCCUCCCCUGCCCUCCCCCAGCCCCAGCACCACCAGCAGUAGCAGCCAAGCCCAGGUGGCUAACGCUAACCCAUCUAUGACCCGGCAGCAGUCCCUCCCUCAGCAGCUCAACUGUGGCCAGGGUGCUGGGGGUAACAUGCCUGCCUUCCAGCCUUUCUUCUUUACCAGUACAUUCCCUGUCAAUGUGCAAGAACUGGUCCUAAAGGUGCGCAUCCAGAACCCCAACGCGCGGGAGAACGACUUCAUCGAGGUGGAGCUGGACAGACAGGAGCUGACCUACCGCUCGCUGCUCCGGGUGUGCUGUCGCGAGCUGGACAUCAGCACCGAACACGUGGAGAAGAUCCGUAAGCUACCCAACACCAUGCUACGAAAGGACAAAGAUGUGGCUCGGCUGCAGGACUUCCAGGAGUUAGAGGUGGUGCUGGAGAAGGCUGAGGGCCUGGCACUCCUUUCUGGGGCGGGAGGCCUCACCGACAGACCCUGCUACAACAUGAAGGCCUCCAGACUCACCUACUAGAGACCAACAGGACGGACAGACACAGACAGACCCUGCUACAACAUGAAGGCCUCCAGACUCACCUAAUAGAGACCCACAGGAUGGACAGACACCGACAGACCCUGCUACAACAUGAAGGCCUCCAGACUCACCUACUAGAGACCAACAGGACGGACAGACACACAGACAGACCCUGCUACAACAUGAAGGCCUCCAGACUCACCUACUAGAGACCAACAGGAUGGACAGACACACAGACAGACCCUGCUACAACAUGAAGGCCUCCAGACUCACCUACUAGAGACCAACAGGACGGACAGACACACAGACAGACCCUGCUACAACAUGAAGGCCUCCAGACUCACCUACUAGAGACCAACAGGACGGACAGACACACAGACAGACCCUGCUACAACAUGAAGGCCUCCAGACUCACCUACUGGAGACCAACAGGACAGACAGACAGACCCUGAUGUCCAUGUGACAGACCCUACUACAACAUGAAGGCCUCCAGACUCACCUACUGGAGACCAACAGGACGGACAGACAGACCCUGAUGUCCAUGUGGACCCUACUACAACAUGAAGGCCUCCAGACUCACCUACUGGAGACCAACAGGACGGACAGACAGACCCUGAUGUCCAUGUGGACCCUACUACAACAUGAAGGCCUCCAGACUCACCUACUGGAGACCAACAAGACAGACAGACAGACCCUGAUGUCCAUGUGGACCCUACUAUCUCUCUAUUGACCCUAAUAGCCACUAUCGUUAUUAGUCAAUUUCAUUGCAUUAUGAUCCGGUGUAGUUCUGCCAGCGUUAUUGGGGGUUUGUUUAAAAAUCCUGUUGUGUUAGCUAGGUAACGUGGUCGCCCUGCCUGUCCUUGCCUUGCUCCCUGCCAGUCUGUCCCCAUGCAGCGCUCGCUAACCGAUUACUCAUGCAUCAUAUCCUCAGUUAUAUACUGAAGAAUUUGGGCCUCCUUCCCUCUCUCUCCCCUCUUCUCUUCCCUCUGUCCCUCUCUCUCUCCUCCCUCUCUAGUUUGUGUUGUCGGGUUACAGUGGAACAUUGGCGUUGAGGGACAGUGACAUUCUUCCUAGAUGGCUUAACUUAUGUACUGUACAUGGAUCCCUUUGUACUGGGCAUUAGUCAUACAUGUACUGGGGACUUGUCUCCUGGAUGAUGAGGGGGUUGAGAAGAGUAGAGGCCAUUUGAACAGCUCUUCUGAUAUACAGCCAUGGCUCUUAUUAGUCCAACAUGAGCGGCUUAGUACAAUGUUGCGACACAGCUGACUUGCACACAGCAACAUGCAGUACUGCCGCUUGCUUAGUGGGCAUAGCAGGUGGCUGCCGAUGUUCCAACUGGCAUUCACACCCAUGCUGCAGACUGCACACACACACACACACACACUCAGUCAUACUCCCACACUUCAGUGAUAUUUCCAGUUUUUCCUUCAGUGGUUGCCCAUGUUAUCACACUACCCUGUUUAUUUGUUCUUAGGUGGAUGCCUGAUGGAGCUCUUAUCAGAGAUGUUGCUUUGUGCUGCUGAGGUUUGAUCAUCUAAGAGGGAGUGGGUGUGAGUGUUGUCUCUUGCCAAUUGGAAAGUUUUUGUUAGUUUCGUAGAACUGUUUAUGUGCUUAGUAAGCAAACAGAUGCUUCAAGUUUCAUCCGUAUUGUUAAGACAAUGUGUCUGUUUCUUAAAGAACUCUCUUCGUCAGUUGGAAGAUAACAGCCUUCUAACAGAUGCUAUGGUUAGCUAGCUCCACAGACACCGUCUGGAUUUCAAUCAAACACCCAAUGUGGAACAAUUCUUCAUUGCUCCUGCUCUAUGAAUUUAGUUUUAUUCUACAAUGUUUACUUGCUGAAACAAAACUCAUUUAGAUUAACAUGUAUUGGGUGCAGGGGCAAUAUUUAAAUGUUCUACAGUUUGGUUGAAUGUUUGUGUGUGAGGGGUUCUUUUCAAUGUAACAGUUAUUGGGUCUAAUAUUCAACUGACACUUUCAGCUGUGAAUGAAUUGAAUGGUUGACCGUUCCUAUAGAAUUCAGGUAUUAUUGAUUUAAGCAGAAUCUGCUAGGUUCACUUUAGGGGAAGUAUAUUCCCAGCUCUAGUAGGGGUUCCCCUAAAAUGAGCAUUUUAAACUGUUUCUGGAUCGCUUCACUUAAGAUACUUCCAUUUACUGUGAUCAGAUCAAAACCAAAUACAAACCUAGCCAGAAAAAUAGUAUGGUUCUCCACAAUAGAUUUAUCUAUCAUGAAUGUCCUAUUUUUUUAAUUGCUGUAUGAAAUGUUUUUAGUUGUUUUGGAGUGAACUGAUAUGACGUGGGCAGAGGACAGUUUGAAAGGAUUGUUUCUGUUUCAUAAGUUUGACACGGCUGUUAUGUUUGAGUGCUUCCAUAACACGUUUCCCAGCCAUUCUCCCUGUUGCUUCUAUCAUACAGUGCAUUUGUCAUAAUACUCAAGUUCACGCUGCUCUGUGAGAACGUUUUAAACACUUAACCUACAUUAAACAUGUAAGCUAGCUAGAGAUCAAAUGUUAGCUCUUGAGGGGUCCCCGAGUUUAACCUACUGACAUUUGACUUUUGUCAAGUUGUGGUGUUUGCUACUUCUUUGUUUGAGUAUAAAUGACGAUUCAUACUCAAGGACGCAAACGUUAGUAUUGAAGCUGAAUGAGAGUGCAUUGAUUGAAAAGAUUACUGCUUAAAAUGCUUUAUGACAAACACAUUUGCUCAUAGAGGAAGACUAAGACCCUAACAUUUCCUAUCAGUCCUUUAUGCUGGUUAACAUUCAGUUCAAUGGUACAGUCAGUGGCCCACUACAGAAGUUUAUAAACAAUCAACAGUCAGUUACUAACAAAGGUGUUAAUAGUUUACCGUUCAAAUGUAUACCUUAAGCUCUGGCUGUCUUAGUAUGUUUAAUGAUUAUAUAUUUUUAUUAAUUUGUCAUUUCCUUUUUAACAAGAAAUGUCUUUAGUUUGUAUCGAUGCCUACAAGUAUGGAACGUGUUUAUCAAUGGGGGUGAAAGGGAAGGUCGGUUGCAGCUAGGAUGAAACCAAGUGUAAAGCCACAGAAUCUACUGUGUUGAAUGGGUUGAGUGUAAAUGUUGAAGAAAUACAAGACUAACUUGAACAUGUCAAAUGGACUCUCCAGAGAAUUUUGUAUUCUUAACUUGUGCAACGAGACCAAGAGGUACCUGGUUGAAGAAGCUGAAUGAUGAUGUUUGAAAUGCCUACGGCCAUUUUGUGCCCAGUGAAGGAGCACCAGUGUUCUAGAAUGUUCCAGAAUGAAUACUAGUUCUGUGAAAUGGAUGACUAACAUUGUACUGAUUGAUUGCUCAUGUUCAAGAGGAAGAAUACAGUAACUUUACCUAUGCAUUCAGAGUCUGAUAUUUUUAUAUGUCCUGUGUACCUUUGAUAAAUUCCUUAGAGGCACUGUUUAACUUGUGUUUGAUUGUGAAGACCUGUACCUGUCCUUUGAUAAAGCAUGGUGGGUAACUUGA